AUGUCGGAAUCAACAUCAAACAACAGUAACAACUCCUCAGACCUGGAACGGUGCCUAGAGCUACUUCGGCCAGGGACUUCUGAUGAGUCCAAGUUCAUUGGUCUGACGCUCAUGUCAGACCUGUUGCAGAUCUCGCAGGACCAGGAGACUAUGACCCACUUCUUUGACAAUAUGGAUUUCCCGUUCCUCGACAGAAUGAUGCAGAUCGGUGAGUACAACAGGCAGGAGAGCAGUGUUCCAAAGGAGGCUGGCGUGGAUGCGACGACGAUCCGAUCGAUUGCGAUUGACAUCAUGACCUGUUUUUCAACACAUUGGGAGUUCCUCGUCAGGAAAGAGUUCAAAGAUCGGGUGCCCACUAUGCUUAGCCUUCUUUCAGCGAGCAAAAAGAUUUUGAAGAUUAUGGUCAGGAUAUCGGCGUACCCACAGGUCUCUAUGAUCUUGACCAACCCAGGAUACCAAAGCUCUAUCGUCGCCUACAUUUUUGAUACCUUCGAUAGCGAAGCACACGAGGACGCGGUGAUGGUGUUCAAACGGACAUUUCUAAUUAUUCAGGAGGGCUUUAAACAGAACCCCAAGAUUGUGCUUCAGAUCACCAAAGACUUUCUUCCGACCAUCAUGAGCCGGAUCUCAAAACCCUUCAGCGUGCUGUCAGAGACUCACAAGCCUGAGAUACUGCAGAUGCUGACAGAGUCGGUAGCGUAUCUGCCAGAACAGUAUAUGCAGCAACAUGUCAAGGAUCAUGCUGUUGAGACGCGGAAUUGGGUCAGAAACUUGAAAUCGGGAUUGAUCCAGCUUCUUAGUACCCGGCAAGCACCUACAACGCGAAAUGAUUGCUUCAAGCUGAUCGGACUCUUGUUGCAGAGACUUGGAGCGGACUGGAUCUUCCCUGAGAUCCCUACAACGGACACCAUUCUUGCAGAAACGAGGACAAAGAAGAAAUCAUCACCUGCAACACUUGUUCAUUCAAUGGAGUCACUAUCACUCACGGACGCAGAGAUUGACAAAAAGUUUGCAGCACUGGUAGUUCAUCUCGCCUGUGUCGAGGCACGUGUCUUGAUGGAUGAGCUAGCAGAUGAAUUAUCUGGUACAGCGGCUACGACCAAGAAGGAAGACGAUGAGGUUCGACAGGCCAAGGUCAGAAAGGAGCAGGUCUUACCGUUGGUGUAUGAGAUUCUGGAGGUGUCAAUUGGCUACUUGGUCUUGGUCUCGGAGGAUGAUGAGCUUUUGGAGCGGGGGUUGUUUGAUGCCACGGCGUUGCUCAAGGUCCAGGAAUCGCUUCAGGCAGCCUUCUCUGCGGUCUUGGACUACCUCUUGGAUCUCCAGACGAGCAAGGACGGCACCCCUGAGAAGUUGGUUUCAAAUAUGAACUACCUGGCAUCCAUGAGGAUCUUGUCUGUAUGGCUGACAGAAGACGACUCCCUUCACGCACAAGCUGUCGCCCUCUUCCCAACGCUAGAGGAAGUUGUCCGCCUAUGGUUUCAAGAGCUCUCUCUCGACUAG